UACUACUUUUGAAAGUGGAGUGAAGAAAUUUCGCUCGUUCUUUGGAUUUAACUACGGUUCUAUGUGUAUUUAUGUGAUCUACGAACAUUUUAGGGAUUUGGAUUAACAAUGUAUAUCAAUUCCCUCCUGUGUGUCCUUUGCCUGAUUAUCCAGGCGGGUAUUUCUCGGACUGAGAAUGCCGCUGGACACAGGACGUCACAAGCCCAGCCGGCGUAUAACUUUCACAACAAGCCAGAACAACUCACAGCUGUAAAAGGCAUCAUAAAUAUAGAUGACGAAGCACCUCAAAAUAACUUGAUGAAUCGUCGGAGGGCGGCCGAGAAGAGGGGGAGGCGAGAGAGGGUGAUCGAUAGAAGCGACCAAGUAGAAGGCAGCGGCGGUUCUAAAGACGAUACGGAAUCUGGCGGUUCCGGUCUCGGACCGGAUGACGAGGACGGUGAGGGUGAAAGCGGUUCUGGUGUUUAUGUUUCCGUUUCCUCGUUUAGCCGUUCAGGUCAAUCAGGAGAAAGAGGGUACUAUUCAAACCUCGAUGAUGAUGAACAAGGUCGUGACCUUGACCUUGACCUAGAUCCUGUGGACCCAGAACCUGUCAAUAAUGUCAGCGAGAAUGUCACAGGGAGGGAGCUCACAAAAUGCGAGAAACUAAGCCGCAACGCCAAGAAUUUCGAUCGCGGUUUAAUAGGUGCUUUCUUCCCAGUUUGUAAAUCAAAUGGUGAUUUCAAAGAAGAGCAAUGCGACACGGUGCGUGGCGUUUGCUGGUGCGUCGAUCGCCACGGAAUCGAGGUGAAAUAUACCAAAAAGAACCUGCCUGCCAAACCAAACUGUGAACGAGCGUAUGGGGACAAUGUGUCAGUAAAAGAGUUUUUAACCGGGGGCAUUCACCUGACUGCCUACGACGGUGGUCACAUGCCCCGGAGUAUAAAGGAUGAAGACGGCGUGGAGACGAGCUACCAGACGUCAGAGAGAGAUACGGUGAGCAAACGGAAGAGAAAAAAUAAGAAAAACAAGAAAAAAAACAAAAAGAAAGAUACGGAGACCACACCAGAACCGGAGAAACCCGCAGAAGGAGCAGGAACACCCAAAUCAGAACCCGAGGCCGAAGAUGCACAAAAAGGUUACGAGGCGGAGAAGGAUAAAAAGGCGGGAAAAGACGACGGGACGGACCUGAUGACAUCCAAUAAGGGUCAGGCAGCGGCUUCCACCGCGUUAAUGGCGUCCCCCGGCAUUUUGGCAGGUAUCAUCGGUGGUACUAUUGUCGGGUUGCUGUGCGCCAUUUUGCUCGUCCUCUUCAUUGUUUACCGGAUGCGGAAAAAGGACGAAGGAAGUUACGCCCUGGACGAACCCAAACACUCGCCUUCCAUGCAUUCGUAUCAGCGGGCGCCAGCGCGGGAAUUCUAUGCAUGAGCGGUACGCCAGAGAUUGAUGUCAUGCUCCAGGGGUAUUCUGGGAUAGGCAGACUGUAAAAUAUUUACUUAUUGCAUGCAGGGAAAGUGUGGGACGCUAUUGAGUUGGUAUUCUGAUGCAUUAUGAGAUAGAUUUCCUCAGGUAUUGUGGGAUAGAUAUCCUGAUGCAUUGUGGGACAUGUUCCGAAGCAUUGUGGGUAGAAAAUAUGUUACCCAAUUCAGUCAGGACAGCUGGACCAGAGCAGUACUGGUAAGCUACAUUCAGACAUUUGCAUCAUGGGAUAGCAGCAGAUGACAUGUUGCCAUGGAUACAGGACACCGAAGACCACUGGAGGAUGGAAUUAAACUUUGGUUGAGUUAACGACUCACUUUAAGGUGGCGCUACAAUACUCAGGCAAAGUAUUUUGUACAAAAUGCCACCUUUGGGGGACACGGGCACGGAGCUCAAACAGAAACUAAGGGACUAAAACAAGAUUUGACAUUUUUAACUCCAUCUUGCUUUCGUACAACCGCCGCUGUUCAUAAUAGUCUUCAAUUUUUCAUUUCAAUUGAAGUGAUUCCAACUAGCUACAGUUAUCUAUGGAGACCCCACGCUUUGUAUAUAGCAUUUUUGACUCGUAUUCUUGUUUAGCGAUCCUUUAAAUACCCAUCAUGCAAUAAUUGCUGCUGAUGUGUAGUAUCGCUGCGACAUGUCAAAUUCAAUGAAUUCAGUAUCUGUAGGGCAAGCAAGUUGCUUGUGUCCAUUUUGGUUGAAAACCUAUUAUUUUUCUACCAAAAUGUACUGGCAAAAAUUGGAUAUUUGUGUUUGAACUCCUGAGGCCCGUGUCCCCAGUUAUGAGAUGCCUCAUAAUACGCUCCUGGAGCAUUGCUCACGAUUCAUAUGUCAUGGGGAAAAGAAUGCAUUUCAUCAUGUCAUCAUAAACCGGGGAAUUUGGUCGCAGAGAUGUUCUGUUAUACAGGUCGUCUCGAAAAAUUCAUCUCUUUCUGUUCAUAUGAUUCUUAUGCAGCUGGAUUUUUGCGAGACGCUCUGUAUUCUGGUGUUUUUGAGAGUGAAGUCUUUUGUAGAAAUGUGAAAAAAAAGAAAAAAAAUGUUUCUAAGUUUCCUACUCGUAAAGACUCUGUUUUCGUUUUGAUGUUUCUGCCUCUGAGGAACGUCGUGUUAUUCAUUCCGUUCAAUAUUUCUGUCUCAAGUUUCUUCAGACGUCUAAAAGACAGGAGAAAAACUGCAUUUUCUUUAUCGCGACAGCUUAAAUGACACUGUGUUUCUAAACAACGAAUUUUAAGAAGAAUAAGAGAUGAUUUGAACAAACUUUUAGACAUCUUGCGACUAGCAUAAUAUGAUAGUUUCUCAACCCAAACCUUGGACAGUUGCUGUUUAACAUGGCUGACUGUCGGCCAUUUUGAAAAAUGUCUCGCAUCGUUGCCAUAGCAGCAUAAACAUCAUUGUUCAUAAGAAAUGUUGCAAUUGUAUAUCAUUGUUUCUUUAUGUACAUUAUGUAUCUAUUUCUUAGAAACGACCUUGAGAUCCAUUUCCACCCGAUUGUAAUGUACACAAAGUACGUCUGCUCGAUAUUUCAAACUUCUGCUGACUAGUUUUGACUAACAUUCAUAGCUGUCUAACCAUUGGCUUCUUGUCAUCAUAAAAAUACAGCUAUUUCGCUUGUUGUAAACGACACCAGGGUUGAAUGAGCUAAAACAGUUAAGUAAUAUUAUCAUGUCGCUUUGAUGUUCUGCCCCUGUGUGUUUUUGUACUGUGGUCAGGUCUUCCAAUAUGAUAAGAGACUCUAUAAAUAGCGUCAUACAUGUAUAACGACUGUCACAAUUUUGUAAAAGCUAUUGAUGAACUUUUCAAAACUUUGUAAUUUCCCCUGGGUUUCUAUUUUGUCUUGUUUCUGUAUUUGUCGAUGCAUUAGUGAGGUUUCUAUUAGUGAUUUGUUCCACGUAGAGGUGGAAUUCGUUUUUGAGAGGCUCUUUUGCUCAUUAUUGGAGUGGUCUUCUUCUGAGGCUUGUUGAGGAGUUAGCAAAAUUAUGAGAACAGCCAUUUUCUAAUUCCAAGGAGAACUAGAGUAGCAUUUUUUUCAAUUUUUUUAUUUCGAUUGGUUGUUUUUGAAUUGUGUGCUAAGUGUUGCAGAGAAUUGGGUUACAUUCAGAGGAUUUGUGACUGACCUAAUUUUCUGCUACACUCCUGUUUGAGGCACAGUAGUGCCUGUUGACCUAUCGGUCGUUUUAUGUGUUCAUAAUCAAAAUUUAGAAAAUGGGAAUAAUUUUAAUUGCAAAUUUUAUAUCAUGUCAGAAUGGUUAAAUGAAUCAUGAAAUAUGGUCCGCCACUGAAGAUAAUGUUUUAGUUUAAAUUUAAAAAUGUUUUAGAAAUUUCUUGAGUUGUGUCUAACAUUGUUAUGACAACAAAUUAACAAAAGUACAGCCAUGUCACGAUUGGCUGAUGUCAAAAUGAUUGUUUUCUUCAAAACAAGACAUUUUCGCCAAAAAUCUUUGUUGGAGAAAAAUAUAUGUUUGCAUUGUUGAUGCAGGUCAAUGUUGAUGUGCAGGUCAAGGUCAAAAUGUAAUUAUCAACUGUAAAUAGACACAUUUUUGAGAUGCACCCCUUCUGAUGAAAUGGAAUCUUCUUGUUGAGUAAAUUUUUCGAAAUGCACACCUCUGAUAAAAUGGACUGGUCAGGGAGAGUCCAUUCACCUGUUGUUUGAACCUUGAUGGUCAUCUUUUCUUCUUCCAAAGUAAUCAUUACCAGUUACACCUCUGUCUGCAAUGGACUUUCCCAGUUACAAGAUUGUAAUGUCCUCUUGAAAUCUUAUCCUAACGGCUUGUGAGAUUAUUGGCCUGCUCGAGUUUGGUUCAAAAUGUGGGAAAAGCAACCAGACACUCCAGUCUCCGAGACGUAACACAUUCUCUUCUCUAUGCAACCCCGUCUUCAUUUGGAGGAUCUGUCGUUUCAGUCUCUUUCCCUUGCUUGAGACUGUUGUAGUGUUUUCAGAGUUGCUUCAGACUGAUCUUGUCAUUAUGGAGAUUUUCCAGCAAAUAGGGGAUAAUGAUUUAUAGAGUUCAUAUAAUUAUGUUGAAAUAAUGCAUGAAAUCAUCAUAACUAAUGACCUCACCCCUGGGUUCUCAUUUAGAUACUAGGAGUUUGUUUCAUGUAUAUUGUGGAGAACCUGGGAAUGAGGUUGAUACUGUUAACCUAUUAACUUUUGUCAACCUCGUUUUGAGAAAACUUGUUGAAAAAGCAAUGUUGAUAUGAAAUUGUAUGCUAGUAUUAGAUAAUGUGGUGGGUAAAAUGAAAGGGUCAACAUUGCCUUGAAAACAUUUAGCUAUCUUUAGGCAGAACAAAUCUUGUUGUAUGAAGAGGGGGGCUGUGCAUGUGGCAGAACGGCCAUUACAUAUACACGUACUAUAGACUACACGUAGAUAGAUAUUAUCAUACUGGUAGGACUAUCCACGCAAAAACCGGAUAGCACCGACGUCAUUUCAAAGAUCACCAACAAUAUAUCCACCUAUAGGCCUAUAGUGUGCUCUUAAGAUAGCAUGCACAAGUCUAUUUUUACAGAGUUUUGCAUAUGUGCGUAUGUUACUAUAUAUAUACAUUGUAAUAUCCUAUAUAUACCAUCUCUCGCCAACGUCAGAGGCGGUUACUGCACUAUAUGUCUCAGUUCAGCUGUUCUAAAGGUGGUCCAAUAAAAACUGCCCAAAAAAAUAGUUUUGAAAAAGAAUACAAAAAUUUAAUCCUUGCAGUACUUUUCAAUUUUUUGGUACCACCCUGUACUGUGACCUAUUCUGAUGUUAGCGUGAGUUGUAGUUUAUACCGGCUCAUUAGAAAAUUAGUCCAAUUCGAUAUUUGCAACGUUUGGAGUUGGUUCGGGCGGCAGGAGUGUUUCUUUUGGACCUAUGAGAGAGAUAGUUUCUUCAACAACCACAAAAAUUGGUCAGCACAGUCUCCAUGGUGUCUGUGGGAAUCAAAGUGCAUCGCUCGGCGUUUUUUCUGUGGAAUUUGUCCGAGAACAAUCACUGAUUAUUACUGUAAUCAGUAACAGCCUCAAAGCGUUGAUAUUGUAACACUGUUAGCCAUGUAACAUAAAUGAGUCACAAAUUGUUUGAUGGAAUUUGUUAAACUUUGUCACGUGAUCUUUUUCUACGCAAGUUUCAAUGGCCGUGAUUUGCAACCUGGUACCUAUAGAAAAAUGUUUCAUGUGGACGCGGAUGAUUGAUGUUAUAUGAUACGGUAUUCAAUAACCUCUUCCCUGGAACGUUUUUCUGUUGGGGCCGAGGUUGCCAGCUUUGUUAUCUCUCCCUAUGCAGUGGUCGUGUUUGAGAAGUUCUGUUAAAUAUGUCUGUUUUUGAGUCGAUUGUUUGGAAAACUGUAUUAUUUUGUAAAUAACAUAGAAACGAUGUCGGUCGCGGCUUACGAAAGAAAUGUGGUGUAACAGCUCAAAGAAUUUAGGACUUUUCAGAAUUAUGGUAAAAUGAUAACAUGAAAUAUAAACUAUCGAUCAAAUGGUACCAAAUUGAAAUAGGUUUGGUGAAAAAUUUUCAGGCUCCUAAAUUUUGCCCCCAAAAAUAUUAGGUUCGUGGAAAUAUGGGUGUUUGCAGUAACUGAAGACUUUAAGCUGCUAGGCCACUUGUCUAACAAAACCCACUGUAAAAUUAGGAUCACAUUUGAGCCAGCCCUCGACAUUCGCUGUAGAUAGUGCUUUUCCUUUCACAUGACGACCUGCUGUUGAUGACAGGUCAGACUAAGACAAAUCCGUGCAUAUUGAAAAACAUGAUUACAAAAGUUGAUUGCGAAUUUUUGCUAUCAAGAAGUUAUGAAUAAUUGUAAAAUUAAGACACUAAAUCAUAGUUAUCGUGAGAGGAAAUUUUAUUGAAAAGUCUAAUUCAUCCAAAUUUGUGACUUGUGCUAACUGCAAGCUCAGUCAGGAGCUGUCCCAGCUCAGUUCUAGCUGUAGGGCUCCUGACCGACUUUAUAGUAAAUGCUCACUCAAUUUUAGAUGUCUGCAAAUUGGGACAUGUUAUUUCAAUCACCUGUCGUCUGUAGUUAGGUCACCCACCAAAAGGUGGCAUGACUUUAUCAUGCCGCCUUUCGGACCUUUUGUAUCAUGUCCGAAUCCUGUUUAUGUAUUGAAUGAUCUUAUUAAACACAAUUUAUACAAA